UCUUCUAUUGAUGUGGCCACAGAUAAACAAAAAAAGGACAGUCUGUGUCAGUGUGAGCUUCUCCUACUUCAGCUAACACACACACACACACAUAUUUACAUUUUUCAUCAGAAAUACAUGCAGAAAACUUCCUGUACAACCAGAGCAAACCUCUCUCCUCAGGACUCAGGAAACACAGGCAGGCUGACACAGCCAUGUCAUUCGCAAGAAGCCCUGCAAUUCUCACUGCAGUCCUGUGCAUUCUAUUAGGUAUCCAUGGUCAGGGCGACUGGGGUGUGACGUAUUCCUCUACCAGCAUCUGUGGUUUAAAGGGGUCAUUUGUGGACAUUCUCUGCACUUACUCAUAUCCAAGUGGUCAUCAAAUCAUAGACACAUUCUGGCACAUCAAAUGGGAGACUGGUACAAAAGAUAAAGAUGACUUCAGUCUGGAUCCCAGAUAUCAGGGGCGUGUGAAAUAUCUUGGUGAUGAAGUUAACAACUGCACCCUACAAAUCAAGGAUCUGAGAGACAGUGACACUGUGGAAAAAUACAGAUUCAGGUUUAUAACUGAUGACUCAAAAGGGAAAUGGAGUGGACAUGAGGUCUCUCUGACACUUACAGGCCUAGAGCUGCUGAUAGAUCCUGCAACCGUGACGGAGGGAGGCAAAGUGACACUGACUUGCAGCACCACCUGCAGUCUGAGUAACAACCCCACCUACAUCUGGUACAGGAACUUACAGCUUCUGGGUAACUCCCACACGACUAACAACAGGCUGGUUAUAGACUCUGCCAGACCUGAAGAUACAGGCAGAUACUCAUGUGCUGUUCAGGGACAUGAGAUUCUCAACUCAUCUGAUAGGACCCUCGAAGUCAGAUACUCUCCCAGGAUGACCUCAGCAUCACUCAACCUCUCUGGUGACAUUCAGGAGGGCGACUCAGUGACUCUAACCUGCAGCAGCGAUGCCAACCCACCAGUGCACAACUACACCUGGUACAGAAGGAAGCAUGGAUCUGAACCUGCAUGGAUUGGACAAGGACAAACGUACAGCAUCACUAACAUCAGUGCUGAACACAGUGGGCUUUACUACUGUAGGGCAGAGAACAAACAUGGAGCCAACACUUCCAAUGCCACAUGUUUGGAUGUGCACUAUUCAGACUUUCACAGUGGAAUACAGUUUAUUGCUUUGGGGGCCAGUUCAGCUGUGGUUCUGCUGUUGGUCGUGGUUGCUUCAUUCUGGAGACAGAAAACAAACUCUACCAAAACCCCAAAGAGCAACACAUCUAAGGAAGUCUCUAAUCCUGUCUACUAUAACACCUCUAUGGGCUGUGGCUCUGGCCAGAUAGCUGGGGCAGAUUGUGAUGAUGAAGAUGGUGAUGUCAAGUAUGCCAGUGUCCAGUUUACGCCCAACAAACAGCAGGAUGUGCUCAGCCAGGAAGAGGACAUCCAGUACGCCAGUGUCCAGUUUAAGUCCAACAAACAGCAGGAUGUGCUCAGCCAGGAAGAGGACAUCCAGUACGCCAGUGUCCAGUUUACGCCCAACAAACAGCAGGAAGUGCUCAGCCAGGACGAGGACGUCCAGUAUGCCAACGUCCCAUUCAGGAAGUCCAAACCAGAGCCCAACGUCCCUGAGCCGCCUCUGUCUGGCACAUCACAGGAGGAGACCCAGUACACCUCAGUGAAUCUGCAGGGACUCAGUGCUGCCCCCCAAACAGGGGUUGAAUCUGUGAUCUACAGUGCCAUCAAUACACAUUCCAAACCAUAACAGCAAGACAGCACGGUUUGAAGAAGAAGCCCAAACUAGAACGACAAGAGACUACGGUCUGAUAUUACAGUUUUUCACAAUAGCUAAAACACUAAACUCCAUCCUCUCAACCAAAUUCUCAGUUACCUGAACACAUUUCUUGAAUCGAUCACUCUUUUGGCAAAACCUUAAACAGUUUUCACAAAUAAAACACAAUUUGCAUGGUGAUGUUCUUGUGAUGCAUAAUGGUAACCACAACUGGCACAAGU